AUGAAAGCCUUCUCUACCGCUCUCCUCGCUGGGGUAGCUUCAGCUGCCAUUGCUCCACAACAACAGCCUCUUCAAUUGCCCAAGUCCUUCCCUUCCGAAGCCAAGAAUGUCCUGGACAACCAGCUCCAUCAUCUCAAAGAUGCCCUUAAAGGGCUCACCGUCGAAGCCGCAGCGAUCUGGGACGAGGUGGCUGCUCUCUAUCCCGAAGACAUGAGCCGCGCCAGCUUCUUUUCCACACCCAAGAAACAUACUCGCCGACCGGACCAUGAGUGGGAUCACAUUGUUCGUGGCGCCGAUAUUCAGAAAGUGUGGAUUCAAAAUGCCGACGGCGAACAAGAGCGUCGUCUUGAUGGCAAGCUGGAUACAUAUGACCUUCGAGUCCAGUCAGUCGACCCUAGCUCUCUCGGUGUCGAUCCCCACGUCAAGCAAUACUCGGGAUACCUGGAUGACAAUGAAAACGACAAACACUUGUUUUACUGGUUCUUCGAGUCCAGAAAUGACCCCAAGAAUGACCCCGUUGUUUUGUGGCUCAACGGUGGCCCCGGCUGCUCGUCUUUGACCGGACUCUUCCUCGAACUUGGCCCCUCUCGCAUCAACGAGAAGCUCGAGUUGGUGUACAACCCAUACUCUUGGAAUGACAAUGCCAGUGUCAUCUUUUUGGAUCAGCCCGUCAAUGUCGGAUAUUCCUACUCGAGCUCCAGCGUUUCCAACACCGUGGCGGCCGGCAAGGAUGUCUAUGCUCUUCUCACCCUCUUUUUCGAGCAAUUCCCGGAGUAUGCGAGCCAAGAUUUCCACAUUGCGGGAGAGUCGUAUGCAGGACACUACAUUCCCGUGUUUGCAUCUGAAAUCAUGUCACACAAGAAAACCAAUAUCAACCUCAAGUCGGUCUUGAUCGGCAACGGACUUACGGAUGGAUUGACCCAGUACGGGUACUACCGACCAAUGGCCUGUGGUGAGGGUGGGUGGCCUGCCGUUCUCGACCCACAAUCCUGCCAGGCCAUGGACAAUGCACUCCCCCGCUGCCUGUCUCUGAUCCAGAGCUGCUACGAUAGUGAGAGCGUGUGGUCGUGUGUCCCCGCCAGUAUCUACUGCAACAACGCCAUGCUCGCCCCUUACCAGCGAACCGGGCAGAACGUUUACGAUGUGCGCAGCAAGUGCAAGGACAGCAGCAACCUGUGCUAUCCCGAGCUUGGAUACAUCAGCAAGUGGUUGAACGACAAGUCCGUGAUCGAAGCCCUGGGUGCAGAAGUGGACAGCUAUGACUCGUGCAACUUUGACAUCAACCGUAACUUUUUGUUCCAAGGGGACUGGAUGCAACCAUUCCAUCGAUUGGUGCCCGGGCUGAUCGAGAAGAUGCCGGUCUUGAUCUAUGCAGGGGAUGCCGACUUCAUCUGCAACUGGCUGGGCAACAAAGCGUGGACCGAAGCGCUUGAAUAUCCAGAUCACGAGGGAUUCGCCGCGGCCGAGAUGAAGGAUCUUCACCUGGAUGGCAGCAAGAACAGGCGGAAGAUUGGAGAGGUCAAGACACAUGGCAACUUUACUUUCAUGAAGAUCCACGCCGGUGGUCAUAUGGUGCCUCUUGAUCAACCAGAAGCCAGCUUGGAGUUCUUCAACCGAUGGUUGGCAAAGGAAUGGUUCUAG